AUGACUGAAAGAGUAUUGGUAAUUGGCAGUGGAGCCAGAGAAAAUGCCCUCUCCCGAAAGCUGGCACAGUCGGCCCAUGUUAAACAGAUUCUUGUUGCUCCUGGGAACACAGACACCCCAGAUGGUGAGAAGAUAUCAAACUCAGCUGUGCUUACCACCAAUCCGGCUAUUUUAAAGCAGUUUUGCAAAGACCACAACAUUGGACUCGCAGUAAUUUGUCCAAUUUCCCUUCUAUCUGCUGGACUUGUUGAUGAGUUGAUUUCUGUAGGAGUCAGAUGUUUUGGACCCUCAGCAAGGGCAGCACAGUUGGAGGCCAAUAAGAGUUUUUCCAAACACUUCAUGGUUCAGCAUGGUAUCCCUACUGCCCAGGGGAAGUCAUUUACUAAUCCUCACAAGGCUUGCAGCUUCAUUACCUAUGCCGACUUUCCAGCACUUGUGGUGAAAGCUAAUGGGUUAAAAACUGAGAGAGAUCUCUACAUGGCUAAAGAUAAAGAUGAAGCGUGCCGAGCCGUGCAGCAGCUUACACAUGACUGGACAUGUCAAGCUUCCAUGGAAACCUUUAUUGUUGAAGAGCGUCUGGAAGGCCAAGAAAUGUUUUGUAUGGGGUUCACUGAUGGUACUUCCCUUGCCCCCAUGCCAGUGAUAUGGUUUAAGGAACCGCAGACUGGUGGGAACAUUGCUUCAGAACUGCCAACUAUUUCUGAAACAAUAGCAAAGAAAAUCCAAAACACUGUUCUCCAUCAAGCUAUAGAUGCUCUGAGACAAGAAGGAGUACGUUAUACAGGUGUGCUAGGAGCACGGGUAAUGCUGACUGUUCACGGUCCAAAGGUUCUUGGGUUCAAAUGUGGUUUUCAAGACAUGGACAGCCAGCUCAUAUUUUCACGGCUGAAGAAUGAUCUGUACGAGGUUAUCCAAGCCGCAAUAGACAACAAAUUAUGCAGGUGUUUGCCUGUGUGGAGUCAGGGCAGUUAUGCUGUUUCUUUGGCAUUAUUGAGUGGGAGUUAUCUUGAGAAAAAAGAAACAAAUGUAACAGACAUCACCCAGGUUCUUCAAAAAAGUGCUGGUUGUUUUGAACUGAAUCUUGCGAAGUACAAGAAUCCUGUAUUAGUUUGUACAAUGAAUAGUGUUGGAACUAAAGUACAGCCGAGCACAGUUGCCCACAUCUACAAUUCACAUAGCUCCGUGGCACAAGACCUAGUUGCGUUAUGCACAAAUGACCUUCUGGCCCAGGGAACUGAAACUCUCUUGUUCAUGCCGUAUUUAGCUUGUGCGGCUCUUGAAGCUGAAGUGACUGAAGCAUUAACUAGUGGACUAACAAAGGCUUGUAAAAGGGCAGAAUGUGCUUUAAUGGUAAGAGAACCAGCACAGAUGCCUGAUGUGUACUCAGCUGGCAGCUACAGCCUUAGUGGAUGUGCAGUUGGUGUAGUGGAAAAGGAACAUAAACUCCCACAGUUGGAUCACAUGAAUGAAGGGGACCUUAUCAUUGGUGUACAUUCAUCCAGCAUUCACAGCAGUAGUGUUGCCCAUAUUAGAAGAAUAAUGAAAAACAAGUCUCUGCAGUAUUCCUCAUUGUUACCAGUGGGGAACAGAGAACAAACCUGGGAUGCUCUUUGUUGGAAGAUACCAGAAAUAUUUUCCUGGUUGUUUAAAGAGGGAGGCUUUUCGGAGCAGGAGAUGAUCUGCAACUUCAACUGUGGUAUUGGAGCUGUUCUGGUGGCUCACAGGAAGGUGGCGCCACAGAUUCUGACAAAUAUUCAUAAGGAUGAGGAAGCCUGGCUGAUUGGAGCUUUAAUUCCACGUUGUGCAGAUACUUCUCACAUCCGAGUUAGUCAUUUAUUGGCCGCAUUGCGCGUGAAUACUUUCCAGUUGUUGAAAAAUGUAGCAAUGGAAAGAACACCCACAGAUAUGAAAAAGGUGGCCGUUUACAUUUCUGCUACAGGAACAACACUUAAGCUCUUGAUCGAUACCACAAGGCACACUGGGAGCUGUGCCAGGCUGUCUCUCGUCAUCUCAAACAAGUCUGCUGUGAAGGAAGUAAGGAAAGCAGCGGGAGCUGGGAUUCCUACACGAGUAAUUGACCACACGCAGUUUGGAUGCCAGGCGGAGUUUGAGCACACAUUGACACAGGUGCUGGAAGAAUUCUCUAUUGACCUCAUUUGCAUGGCUGGCUUUGUGAGGACGUUGUCUGAUGGAUUUCGCAGUAAAUGGAAAGGAAAAAUAUUGAAUCUUUAUCCAUCACUUUCACCUCCAUUUAAAAUAGAAAAUGCGAAGCAGCAGCGUGUUACUCAGACAGCACUAAAAGUCAUCGGCUGCUCGGUCUGUUACAUGCAGGAUGGAGCCAAUUCUGAUGUUUUGGUUCUACAAGAAACAGUCAAGGUAAAAAUGCAAGAUACUGAGCAGUCUCUUGGUGAAAAAUUGGAAGAAGCAAAGGAAAAAGCAGUGGUAAAGGCAAUACAUCUAGUGGCCAGUGAAACAGUUCACUUAAAUCAAGAUGGAGACCUUUGCUGGAUGUUCAGACAUUAA